CCUUUUAUAUAUAUAUAUAUAUAGUCUGUAAACUCUAUUUAAAUAUAGGUCUAAGCCCCUAACUGUCCAUAUUCUAUAGUGGUAGAAGAAAUCAAACAACUUGACUAGUUGCCUGACGGGAAACCUACCCUUUCCAUCCUUGUAUCUAUUUUACUACAAACUGUUCUAUACUGUUAAUCACUCUCUAUCUUCUUCUUCUUUAUUUUUCCUUUAAUAUACUGCCGUGAUAUUAACUCAACGAUUUUCAAGAAUCCUCUGUUGUGUUUCUUUGUUGGCUUACAAUUUACCCUCUCCUUCAAGAAUCGACUUAUUUAAUGUAUGAUACAUUAUCUCUUCCUCUUUGUGGACCAGGACAGCAUUUGUUUAAUUGACUGUUCACUUAGCAAAGUGCUGGUUUAUUUUUGCUUUCUUUCUUCCAUUCUUUUUUUUUCUUUUAUCCUUAAACGAGCUUUUAGACGCCUUUUUUUUUUAAUCGAUCAAGAUGAUUCAUUGUACUUGCAGUGAUGGGUUAUUGAUUAAUUUUCUUUAUAAACUAAUAAAAUGUACAAUUCUGUAGAAAUAUACACUGUAUACACAUAUUUUUUUCUUUUUUUCUCUUCUUUAUUUAUUUAUCGCGUUUUAUUUU